CGCAGGGAGCGGAAAGGUGCGCUCUUUCUGGAGCGGUUCUGUCAAGUCUGGCACGGGCUUUUUUUACGCGAAUCGGCGACCACUGAGCUUCGUUUCUCUUCGCCAAAAAAACACGGAAUGUUGUCGCACUCUCUCUCACUAAGGUCAGUUUCAGGAGAACUGUGAAGACACCGCUCAUUUACCAUGAGCUGUUUGGAUGUUAUGUACCCAGCCUAUGGACAUUACGCACCGUACGCAUCGACUGCUCCUGCUUUUAUCAAUAGCUUACAGGCUCCCACAGGUCUGAGCUACACUUCGCGUCACAGCCGGGGUUUUAUGAACACUCCCAGCGUUCCCGAAGGGAUGUCUGGGGGCCCAAGCACUGGAGGAUCCGCUUCCUCCUCAUCUUCAUCUAGCUCUUCUUCUUCCUCUUACACCCCUGCUGCUUCAAGGCCAGAGGAGGGUCCCAAAGAGAAGCAGGAGACCCCCGAGGCAGAGUACCUGACCUCUCGUUGUGUGCUCUUCACCUAUUACCAGGGAGACAUCAGCAGCGUGGUGGAUGAGCACUUCUCCAGGGCCCUGAGCUCCUACAUGGACGGAGAGGGCAAAAGACAGGCGCCAGAUCAACAAGGGACAGAUACCCCUUCACCUAGCAGUCGGCGAAGCUUCCCCCCAUCUUUCUGGGACAGUAACUACUCCUCACCUCAGAGCCGCCCGCAUUGUGAGACUGGUGCACCCUCCUAUUCCAUGGACCCAUAUGCAUCAUCAGGGCUACACCCAGGCCUGCCGCACCCACAUGCUCACCCCCACCCACAUGCUCAUCCUCAUCCUCACCCCCACCCUCACCCACCAGAGAGCUGGGGAUACCCUCAAGCGCAGGCCUAUGGCCCCCCGCGGCCUCUUCAUGAACUCUAUGCACCCUCAGCUUUGGAGCCCCACUACGGGCCCCUGCUCAUGCCCACUGUGAGACCACCUCAUCUCGCUACUUUACCAAGCCACUAUGAAGUGAGCAAGCUGGAGUCUCCAGUCUCCUGGCCCAGUCUACUUCCUCCAGGAGAUGUGAGCCAGACUUUGGCACUCAACAUGGAUGCAGGCCUCCAGCAGCACAAGAAAGGCAAGGAGCUGUACUGGUUCUAACGAGACCUUCAGUCACACUGACCUGCCAUUACCAGAUCCAAUUAGUCCCUGGACCUGCUCCGCUAUUGAAGCAGCGUGUCCCUUUAUCCCCCCCACACACUGCCUCCCCAUCUAUCCACCCCCUUCUCUCUGCUCUUAGCCUCCCCUGCCAGUAUCACAGCCUUGCUCCAGGUCGACGUGUGUGCACCAUGGAGAUAAAGCAGAGAGAGGAAAAAAGGGAGCACGACAGAGUGUAUGAACUGGCUGCAAUCUGUACUGCUGCUCUCUCUUUCUCAUCUCACCCUCCACUUUGUGUCCUGUCGCUGCCGGUGUAGCACAGACCCUGGCAAGGUGUGAGCCACAGUGACCUGUUUGGACUGAGAGACACAGGAUCAAAACAGACUUUUAAAGAGGACAGAGGGAUAAAAGGAUGAAUGGAGGUGCAGAGGGAUGACUAGCAGUGAGCAGGGAUUUCCUCCAACGUUCCUGGUUAUCUCUGUCUCAUGUUUUGUGUUGGUACAAUCGUGGUCAUUAUCCACUUAUCUGCAUUUCACAAAUGGAACAUGCAGCAACAUCCAAGAGUAGAAUUAAUGUCAGUUUAUGCUUUGUGACUGUCAACACGAGGCCAUUUUUUUGUUUUUAUUCUAUAAUAUUUCUCUUUAAAAUAAUCUGGUUUUAUUUAUUGGUGUUAAUGUACAUUUCUCAGAUGACGCGGCCAGUGUUCUGAAAUUAUUGUGGUUCAGUUUAUUGUGUUUCCUGAAGAGGGAGGUUAUAGAGCUGCAAUUGCCAUGUGCUUUUUCAUGGAGCUUCUCAUUCAGAAUGAUCAAAACUUGUUCAGACUGAACCCCCAGAAAAUAUUUUGUUUUCAAUUUGAAGAUGUUCCAUUUUAAUUCUGUAUUUCUAUCAUUAUAAGAUUAUUUAAAUUUGGACUUUCUGAAUAUUUUGGGAUGUUUUGUGUGUGCGUGUGUGUGUGUGUCUCAUUUCUCAUUUUUGCUUAAGAGAAUAUUGUAAUGUCAAUAAAUAUUUUUAUGGUACUUCAGAUCUC